GCUGGACUGCGUGGAAAGGAAGUGACACGCUUCCACUCCACACACCGGGAGAUUAGCGAGCCGGCAGCCGUAAUCUCUUUUCAGGACCAGGGCCAGAGACUCCAGAGGCACCGCUCGGACCAAAGUUACGCACAGCGCGUUUUAUCAGUUUUUACGCAGCGGAGGAAGUUCAUCUGGACCUGGACGGUUCUGGUAAAGUGGGACUGAAAAUGUUAAUUCGGUUUAUAACAAUUAGCUGAAAGUAACUGCAAGUCGGAACCAGGUAACUGUUUUUUUUAUGUGAGUAAAAAGAAAAAGACGAAGCAGAGGAGAAGGCUGUGCGCUCGGACAGGGGCGCGCAAAGAGUCCACUUUGGUCCGGUUCUGGAGCCGUGAGGAUGGAGAUCCGGCCGGACAGGUUUAAGGCCGUGGCAGCCAAGACUCUCGGGAAAAUCUACGGAGCGCUCGAGAAGAAACAGGAAAAUGGUGAAACCAUUGAGCUGUCGGCGGAGGGCCGGCCGGAGCUGGUGCAGGAGAAGGAGAUGCCCGUGGUGGACUGCACGUGCUUCGGCCUGCCCAGGCGCUACAUCAUCGCCAUCCUCUCUGGUAUUGGCUUCUGCAUCUCCUUUGGUAUCAGAUGUAACCUGGGCGUGGCCAUCGUCAGCAUGGUGAACAGCCACACCAUCAUCAGAGACAACAAGAAGGUGUUGGUGGAAGCACAGUUCAGCUGGAAUCCAGAAACGGUGGGAAUGAUCCAUGGCUCCUUCUUCUGGGGAUACAUCGUCACCCAAAUCCCAGGAGGGUUCAUCUGCCAAAAGUUUGCAGCAAACAGAGUUUUUGGAUUUGCUGUAGUGGCAACCUCUUGCCUGAAUAUGCUGAUCCCCACAGCAGCACGGAUACACUUCGGCUGUGUGAUCCUUGUCAGGAUAUUCCAAGGACUUGUAGAGGGGGUUUCAUAUCCGGCCUGUCAUGGUAUUUGGGCAAAAUGGGCACCUCCUCUUGAAAGAAGUCGACUGGCCACAACAGCCUUCUGUGGUUCCUAUGCAGGCGCUGUGAUCGCCAUGCCUUUAGCUGGAAUCCUGGUCCAGUAUUCGGGAUGGUCGUCUGUCUUCUACGUCUACGGAAGUUUUGGUGUCCUCUGGUACUGCUUCUGGAUCCUGGUUUCUUACGAGAGUCCAGCAGCUCAUCCCACCAUCACUGAGGAGGAGAGAAAAUAUAUUGAGGAGAGCAUCGGCGAGUCGGCCCAACAUUCAAUAUCGAAAUUUAACACUCCGUGGAAGGCCUUCUUCACCUCCAUGCCAGUCUACGCCAUCAUUGUAGCCAAUUUCUGCAGAAGCUGGACUUUCUACCUGCUUCUCAUCAGCCAGCCGGCGUACUUUGAGGAGGUGUUUGGGUUUGAGAUUAGCAAGGUUGGAAUACUUUCAGCUCUGCCCCAUCUGGUCAUGACCAUCAUCGUUCCCAUCGGAGGCCAAAUCGCUGACUAUUUGCGCUCAAACCAGAUUAUGACCACCACCAAUGUUCGAAAACUUAUGAACUGUGGAGGGUUUGGGAUGGAGGCGACCCUCCUGCUGGUAGUUGGCUUCUCACAUACAAAAGGUGUUGCCAUCACGUUUCUGGUCCUGGCUGUGGGUUUCUCUGGUUUUGCUAUUUCAGGUUUCAACGUGAACCACCUGGAUAUUGCUCCUCGGUAUGCUAGCAUCCUCAUGGGUAUCUCCAACGGCGUGGGAACUCUGUCCGGCAUGGUUUGCCCUCUUAUAGUUGGUGCAAUGACAAAAAAUAAGACACGAGAGGAGUGGCAGGGCGUGUUUCUCAUUGCCUCACUCGUUCAUUAUGGGGGAGUUAUAUUCUACGGCAUCUUUGCUUCUGGGGAAAAACAAACCUGGGCCGAGCCGGAGGAGCUCAACGCGGAGAAAUGCGGCAUCCUGGAUGAGGACGAGCUCGCCAAUGAGACGGAGGAACUCUAUCGUACGAGCGGCGGGGCCGGAUACGGCGCCAUGAACCAGGCAUCGGAUCCCAACGGAGCUGGAGGAGGUUGGGUCUCAGACUGGGAUAAAACCGAGGAGUACGUCCAACCAUCUGGGACGAAUAAUUAUCUUUAUGGAGGCGAGGGCGACCGAGAGUUAACAUAGAACCAGACGAUUCUUCACCUACGUUCCUGUAAAGAGACACAGGCUGCACAGAAAAAGUGUGCGAUCUCACUUUGAAGGAACUUGGGAAGUGUGAAUUCAAAAUGGAGGACAAAAUGAGAGGAUUCUCGGUAAAUGUGACUGUAUUAACACAAAUGAACUGAUUUCAAACAGACAGCUGGUAUGAGUACAUUAGUUCAUGUAAAACGUGUUUGUGUGUGAUUGCAGUUGUGUACAGUGAUUGUUUUAGGAAUCAGAAGCCUUCUGGCAAAUGUUUCUGGCGACAGGAUGUACUUUUGGCACUUAUAGUUGUAUACAUUGCUAUGCUAACAGUCACAACUUGGUAUUUACUUGCAUGUCUAUCAUUUAUAGCUGAAUCGGUAACAAUUUGGAAAAUUUUAAUUCCACAGAUCACGCUCCUUUAAUAUUAGAUAUAAAGUUUCUACAACUUGCAGAAGAGUAAGCAGCUGAAC